GGCGCGUUAUAAGCCCUGCCCUCCCGGAUGCUGGGACACGGAUGCGGGAUCUUCCUCUGCAUCGCAACGGGGUCGAGCUGCCUGUGCGGGUCGUAGAGCCCCCACCGCUGCGCUCGCCCCAUUCUCUAAAAAGAAAUGGACAGGAUGGCGGGUAUUUUACGAUGAGGCUCAGGCUGUAAUUACACUUCGGCGUCUGGCAGCAGGGGACGUGCCAUGGCAUAGCAUGACUGCUCCUCACCCCACGUACCAUGCCCUUCUCCAACAGCUCUGACCCCAGCCCAUCCUUCUUCAUCUUGGCCAGCAUCCCGGGGCUGGAGGCUGCCCAUUUCUGGAUGGCCAUCUUUCUGUGCUCCAUGUACGUCGUGGCGGUCGUGGGCAAUUGCGUGGUGCUGUUCAUCGUCAAGACGGAGCCCAGCCUUCAUGCUCCCAUGUACUUCUUCCUCUGCAUGCUGGCGGCCAUCGACCUGGCCUUGUCCACGUCCACGGUGCCACGGGUCCUCUCCUUCUACUGGUUCAACACCAGGGAGAUCAGCUUCGGCGCCUGCCUCGUCCAGAUGUUCCUCAUCCACAGCCUCUCGGCCAUUGAGUCCUCUGUCCUCCUGGCCAUGGCUGUGGACCGGUAUGUGGCCAUCUGCCACCCACUGAGACACGCUGCCAUCCUCACCAACACUGUGACGGCCAAAAUAGGGCUGGUAGCCAUGGCCAGGGGAGUCCUCUUCUUCCUGCCUUUGCCUUUGCUCCUCCUGCCCCUUCCCUUCUGCAGUUCCCGGGAGCUGUCACACUCCUUCUGCCUGCACCAGGACGUGAUGAACCUGGCCUGUGCCAACACCACCCCCAGUGUGGUCUACGGUCUCAUCGCCAUCCUGCUGGUCAUGGGGCUGGACUCUGUCCUCAUCUGCCUCUCUUACAUCCUCAUCCUCAAGGCUGUCUUGCGGUUGGCAUCGUGGAAGGAGAGGCUCAAGGUGUUCAGCACCUGCGUUGCCCAUAUCUGCGUGGUCCUGGCCUUCUACGUGCCCCUGAUCGGGCUGUCUGUGGUGCACAGGUUUGGGAGAGACCUGGCUCCACUGGUGCAUAUCACCAUGGGGAACAUCUACAUCCUGGUGCCCACUGUGCUCAACCCCAUCAUCUACGGGGUGAGGACCAAGCAGAUACAGAGGAGGAUCCUCAAUUUAAUUCACAUACACAACAACAGAACUUUCCGGUGACCUGUGCUUGGCUGCCUUCUCCUGUAUCCUCACACCAGCUCAUCUUGAUUUACACUUAGAUCUUUGGUGUAGGACUGUCCUCUGUUUGUGGGGUGCCUACCACAUGGUGAGAGACUCUGAGGUGCUACCACAAGCCAAAAAGUAAACAGCAACUAUAAACUCCUUCCCAGAGUGUUUAUCCUCACUGAACUUAGAGUGAAUCUACUACAAUGAUCCAAAUCUAACCCGGAUCCAGCAGGCAGCACAGGGCGAAGGAAAAAUGACUCAGUAAACAAAUGAAGAUGUUUUGACACUGCACUUCUUUGUUCCCAUCUCACUCCUAACAAUGGCAGAGCUGAGUGAACUCUACAGUGGUUUUUUUUGACUGAUUGGGUUAAUUCAUGAUUUCCACUUGUGGCACAUUCACUUUCCAAAAACAUUUUAGCAAAAGUUUUGUCAGAAACUUUGGCUGUAGCAAUGAUCUCUAAGUAAAAUAAUUGCAGGAAAGGACAUUAUAGAUGCAGAAAUGUACUUCAGAAGAAGUCCUCCCACUCUCUGGUCUUGUUCUGACCUAUUGGGUCUUCAGUCAGGACAGCUCAGCCUCCUUGUACCAUAUGCUCUUGAAAAAUUUCAGAGGCAGAGUUAGUGGUAGCAAUUGUAAAAAUAAUUUCAAUGAAUAAUUAUAUUCAAUAAUAUUACAACCUCUCAAGAGAAAAAAAUAACCAAGUUAUAAAUGUAAGUGAUACUUCCCAACUGAAGGAUGUGGUCUUCCUAACUCAAACGUGUUUCAUACCUUUGUCUUACCAUGAAAAAACUUCUCUUUGUAUCUAGUUUGAACCUCUCCUGUUUCAACUUAUGCUUGCUUCUUCUCAUCCUCCUGCCUGCCCCAUUGUGAGGAGCUUGGCUCCAUCUUCUUGAUAGGACCAGAGGAAUCCUGCUCUUCUGCUGUUGGGUCUUCCCAAAACAGGGCUGAGCAAGCCCAUUUUCCUAAGCCUCUCCUCAUGGAGCGUUGCUCAAACCCCAGCCACCGUGGGAGUCAUCAGCUGAACUCACUCCAUCUUUCUGGUGCCUUUUUUUUUUGCACUGGGGUCCAAAACCACCUGCAGUAUCUAGAUGUGGUUUAGCAAGUGUUGAGUGAACUGUGAAUCCUUUGGGGGCAUGGCAGAUCACUCUCCAGAAAGGUCAGCCUAGAGCCCAAAACAACAAAUAUCAGGGGGAAGUGUUAGAAAAGGAGGAAAGAGAACCUCAAAAAUGAUAGAGUAUGUAAAUCUGCACUGAUUUAUACCGUGAAAGUGGAAGCAGGUUUGAUGGUCUAAGAUUUGCAGGGAGAAGUUUCAUUUAGUGUUAGGCUGGUUUGCUCAGGGUUUUAUCCAGUUGGGUUCUAAAAACCUACAAGGAUGGAGGCAGCACAACCCCUCUGAGAAACUUUCUUUUGCUUGGCAUGGGCUCCUGUUUCUCUCUUAAUAUUAGCAUGUAUAAGCCAUUUAGCUGUGAAAAAAAAAAAAUAUUUGAGAAAAACAAGGAAAUAUGUGGAAAGCAGGCAGUUCAGUCAGGGAGGAUAGAAGACGAGUCUAAGUGCUGCACUCAGGAGCUCUUGCAUCCUGUCCAUAACUUCUAGGUGCCAUAAAAGAAGUCCCUUACCAAAGAACAUGUUGUCUUGCAUCAGGGCCUUCAAAUGGCAGCGAUAUUUGAUGGAGUUUGGUGCAGUUUCUUCCAAUUCCCAGUUAACACUGAGAGCAAAACAGGUGCCCCUUUUGUAGUCCGUGCUUGUAUAGUUUCAGUCUCCAUGAAACACAUCUUGUUACAAACUUUUCUGCUAAAUUAAAACACAUUUUAUUUCAAAAUAAAUACUUUCAUUUAGGUGAGUUACAAGUAUUUGCCAUCUGGGACUUAAAGGCAAUUUUGCCCCCUGUCAUUUUGGUCAUAAUCUGUUUUAUUAGAGCUUAGAAGGGUAAAAAAAAAAAAUCAUAAAAAUGAAAACAAUCUGUACCUGCCUAAUGUGAUUUGGGAAGAGUGAAUGGUUUUCCAGAGGUGCGCUAUGGAUCUCAACCCUUUUCAGAUGGCUGUGGCAUUGAGAAACGACUCCUGCUCAUUCUCCAUAUGGUCCUUAUUUUUUUUUUACCUUUUGUG